CUGAAAGACUAAAAGCCAAAAUGGGUUCCCAUGAAAUCCAGUCACUAGAGGAAAAACAGUGCUUGGUAGUCAAUCCUGAACCCCGGGUUCUGCAGAACAAUGGCCGCAGAACCUUCUUUCGCCUCCUUAGGGAGCCAUUUGAUUGGUUGUCAAUGCUCUGCAGGGAGCUCGAAACCAGCUUCAUUUUGGCCAUCAUUGUGGUGUAUGGCUUUAGCCAGGGAUUCUCGGGUUCUUUCUUCAAGGUGGUAACCGACUACUACUGGAAGGAUGUGCAGCAAGUGCAGCCGUCGGCGGUUCAGUUGUACCAAGGCCUGUAUGUCAUGCCAUGGAUCAUGAAACCCAUCUGGGGCCUCCUCACCGAUGUAUUCUCCAUAGCUGGCUAUAAACGCAGACCAUAUUUUAUGCUUGCAGGCACCCUUGGCAGCUUGUGCGCGUUGCUACUAUUGCAGAAGAAGCCUCCUGUCCUGUUCGCCCUCAUCUUUCUCACAGGCAUAAGCACUGCAAUGUCAAUAGCAGAUGUCACCAUCGACGCUUGUAUUGCUCGCAGCAGCAUUCAGAAACCUGCCUUAGCAUCAGACAUGCAGAGCCUCUGUGGGUUUGUCUCUUCUACCGGAGCAAUUCUGGGGUACUCCACCAGUGGGAUGCUAGUUCACACCCUUGGAGCGCAGGGAACACUGGGUUUGCUAACUUUACCCCUCAUCAUGAUCAUCACUCUUGGAUUUACAAUGAAUGAGGCCAAAGGCAUGAUUCGAACUGAUAAAAAGAUGUUUGCAAAGGUGAACGGAGCAGUGCUAGACAUGAUCAAAACUAUGAAGUAUCCUGGAGUAUGGAAGCCCUCACUGUACAUGUACCUCUCCAUAACACUUAGCAUCAGCACGCAUGAAGGACAAUUUUACUGGUACACUGACCCUAAAGCAGGCCCUGCCUUCUCAAAGGAGUUUGUUGGAGUAAUAUAUGCCAUAGGGGCUGUUGGAUCGAUUGUGGGGGUAAUUCUAUACCACAAGUUCUUCAAGGAGUUUCCAUUUAGAACAGUGAUCUUCUUUGCUCAGCUCCUGUAUGGUGUCUCAGGAAUGCUAGACCUCAUGUUCGUUCUCAGGCUCAAUCUGAAACUUGGGGUCCCGGACUACGUCUUUGUAAUAAUGGAAGAAAUGUGUGCGCGGAUCAUUAGCCGGAUAAGAUGGAUGCCGAUGAUAAUUCUAAUCACAAGACUGUGCCCUCUGGGGAUAGAGGGAACAUUCUUUGCGCUGCUCAUGUGCAUAGACAGCACCGGUUCCUUGUCCAGCAAAUGGGGUGGAAGCCUUGUUCUUCAACUGCUGAAGGUCACGAGAACAGAUUUCAGGAACUUGUGGUUGGCUCUUCUGAUAAGGAAUCUGCUGAGGAUCUCAACCUUGGCUCUGAUUUUCCUAGUGCCCAAAGCAGGGCCAGCCGAUGCGAUGCUCCCUGAUGAAAUGCUGGACGCCUCCAGGAAUGACCAUGACAAAGAAGAAGGCCUACAAUUGGUCUGUCCAUGAGUGACGAGAAACACGCUCAUGGGUAGCUGUGUGAUCCUUGUAUAGUAGUGCAUUCUUUCAUGUAGUUAAUCUCUUGCGAGAAAGAGAACAAUCUGGGCAUGUGCGCCAUGAUAACUCCAGCGGUUGAUCUUGUUACUUAUCCUAAGCAACCUGAAACAUGAAUCGGAAGGAUUAAGAGAACCCGUGAAGUACAAGAAAGAGGAGGCAACCAGUGUUCGAAUGUGCACCUUAAAUCUUUUUGUUUAUCGAGACGAAGUGAAACGCCGAUACGCCCUGAACUAAGAAAAUUCAAAUCCCACUAGUAACUAGAUUCAAAGGGCACACACGAGGCAUCUGAUACAUUUUGUGAGAGUUGAACAUGUUAUUGAAGGAAAGUGUAAGGGAGCCUACUCCCUGCAGUCUUGCACCUCACGCCGCGGAGGCGGAGCCAAAUAUAGGGGCACAUGUCCACCCUAACUUUCCAAAAUUUUAUAUACAAGUGCAUAUAUUUACAUAUGAGUGUGCCGAUUCAACUACUACUUUGUGUUUGUGCUCAUCCUCACUUAAAUUUUUAGCUGCGUAACUGGUAUUAUAGACUCAAAUUGGUUGCUUUGGGUGGUCGCCCUUUUGGCACUCUUUUUGGAAUGAACAUGUACCCACCAUUUUUAUGAUAAUCAACAGAGCUAGCGUGUUCCCAUCCUGCAUAAUGCGCCACCUCAAGACAACUCGAAGAGAAGAACGUGGUAUGGAUAUUGUUCUUUGUGCUUAGAGCAAUGACGCAACAAGUGAGGCAAAACCGAAGCACGUCAACUGCUGGUUGAAAAUUAGCAGUUGAGAUGUUCUCCUCAAACAAAUAACCUGCUCUGGUAAAUGAGCAGGUCAUUUCAGAUCCAUAUCCAAUUUUCAUAUACUCGUGCAAGAUCAGACUCAGGUCUCACUGCACUGCACCCACCUUUGGUAUUGUAAAUCCUUCAUGGGAGACGAGGGUUUUGAUCCUUCUGCUCCAGAGGGAUAGUUUUGUUAAGUUAUGGUUUGGGUCAAGUCAGACCCGUCAGACCCGACCCAUAGCACAUGGGCUGUGGCAAACUUGUAAUAUUUAUUGUUCUUUUGUGUAUUUUAUUUGUAACAGUCAAGUGUAAUUAGUUUAAGUGACUUAUCAAAAUCUUACAAGUUUCCAGAAUGCACCUUGGAAAUAUUAAUGAAGUAUCUAAAGCCUAGAUCCACAAUUUUACUUCUGCUUUCCCUCUUUAUUUUACCUGAAUCCCAGUUCUAGUGGGGAUUACUUCACCUUCAUUCUUUUUAGUUCCCUACUCAGCAAAAACUGACAGGAAGGAGGGGGGCUAGUUAAUAAACAGAGAUUUUAUUGCCAUUGGCAUCCAACAUCUUCUACCACAUUGACAAUACCACCCCAUAACUAUAAUAAAAAGGAGGAUGUUAUUAUUAAGGCCCCAACAACGAACCCAAACAUUAAAUGUACUUUCUCCCUCAGCCACCAACUCCAGAAUCUCACAAAUGCAAGGUUCCUUACAAAACCCAGACAAAAUCAUUCGACAUUUUCAAAGAAGUAGACUAAUGGCGUCAACAAUUAAACAUGAUAGAAGCAUGCAAUGACUGAAUGUGAAUAACAGCUGUCUGUGCAAUAACUCAAUUGAUGCAAAACAUUACCACCAACAUGAACGGGACAAAAAUUUUAUCUUGCCAAACACAAACAUGUAUUUUCUUGCUGCACCAGAAGAAACAGCUGUUGGAAAAGGGAGAGAUCAAAACAUGAGAUGCAUCCUUUUAACUAUUUCAAGGAAAAGCAUAGAAAGAUGACCUAUUUGGAUCAACAGCAUGUCUUGUUUUUUUUCAAUUAGUUUGGACAGAGGUCCAAUUAUUCCCAUCAAUGAGGUUACAUAAGAGGGGUACAAAUUGGUCAGGUCCAGGAGAGCUUAAUGUAGUGGAGGUCAGGUUGAAAAUACAGCCGAAAACAACAAAGAUCAUACACCAAAUAUGACCUAUUUGGAUCCCUAUUACAUAAGGACAACUCAUUCCACAAUCUAUGCCACCAAAGCAACAUAAUAUUUUUUCAAAAUAUUCCCGCAC